AAAUUUAAAAAAAAAAAAAAAAUCUUACUUUCCUUCAUAACUUUCCGCUUAUUUUCUUCCGAUCCAAACAUAGCCCUUCUCUGGUGCUUCUUUAAAUUUCCCAUAUUCUCAGCUUUUUUUUCUUUUUUUUCACCACAAGCAAAAGCCUUGUCUUCCUCUUUCCUUCAUACAAUUGCUGUGUUCUUGUCUUCCUCUUUCCUUUAUAUACAAUUGUUGUGUUCCCUUUUACUCAAUUAUGGCUUCUUCUUCUUCUUCCUUGAUCACUUUUCAAUCGAAGAAGUACGAUGUGUUCAUUAGUUUUAGAGGUGCCGAUAUCCGCGAUGGCUUUCUCAGCCAUUUGCAGGAAGCUUUGCUCCAAAACGAAGUCAAUACCUUUGUGGAUGAAAAACUUGAUAGAGGAGAAGAGAUCUCAUCCUCCCUCUUGGAAAUAAUUGAACAAUCAUACUUUUCGUUGGUCAUUUUCUCGGAAAAUUAUGCUUAUUCUCCCUGGUGUUUGGAAGAACUUGUGAAGAUACUUGAGUGCAUGAAAGACAUGGAACAAAUGGUUUUACCAGUUUUCUACUGUAUAGAUCCAACCCAUGUUCAAGAACUUACAGGUAGCUUUGGAGCUGCACUUGCUAAGCAUAGAGAAGUUUUCAACAACUCUUUAGACAAGGUGGAGAGCUGGUGCCAAGCUUUGAGAGAAAUUGCUGGGAUAGCAGGGUUGGUUUCCCAUAACAUUAAGCCUGACUCCAAGCUAAUUGAGGAAAUUGUCAACCACAUUUUAAAAAAACUAAAUGAUCUGUUUCCAAGUGAUUUUUAUUAUGAAGGGUUAGUUGGAAUUGACUCCCGUAUUAAUAAUGCUAAAUCAUUAUUAUACCUUGAGUCAAUGGAAGUGCGUGUUUUAGGAAUUUGGGGAAUGGGUGGUAUAGGAAAAACCACCAUUGCUCUUAAAUUAUUUGGCCGAAUUUCUGGCCAAUUCAACAUUCGAUGCUUUGUUGCAAAUGUGAGGGAAAAGUAUGAAAAGGGCGGACCAGAUGCUAUACUACAGGAAAUCCUUUUUCAAGCAUUAGGAAGGGAGACUUAUAAUUUAGGUGUGCCCAUUGUGUUAUCAUUUUCCAUCAGGGAAAGGUUGUCACGAGAAAAAGUUCUUAUUGCUCUCGAUGAUGUGAGUGAUUUAGAGCAAAUAGAACUUUCAAUAGGAAAGCCUGCUAUCUAUGGUCCAGGGAGUAAAUUCAUUAUAACAAGCAGAGAUAAACAACUGCUUAGGAACAUGGGUGCUCAAAUAUAUGAAGUUGAGAAAUUGAGUUACUGUGAAGCUUCUUGGCUUUUUCGCUUUCAUGCCUUCAAACAAGAUAUCGUAGGAAAAGAAUAUAUGAUGCUUUCAAAGAACGCAGUUGAAUAUGCUCAAGGCAUCCCAUUAGCCAUUAAAGUUUUGGGUUCCAAUUUAUAUAGUAGAAGAGUGAAAGAAUGGGCAGAUGAAUUAGAAAAAUUGGAAAGUACAUCUGAUGAAAAAAUUCAGAGAAUAUUGAAACUAACUUAUGAUGCUCUGUCUGUACAUGACAAGGAAAAUUUUCUUGACAUCGUGUGCUUCUUCAAAGGGGAAGAUAAAGAUCAUGUUGAAAAUACACUGGGUACCCCUGGCUCAAUAAUUGGAAUUAGUCGUCUAGCUGAUAUGUCUCUUAUUUCUACUGCAAAUAACAAGUUACAUAUUCAUGACUUGCUACAACAAAUGGGCAAGGAUAUUAUUUGUGAGGAAAAACAGCUUGGACAACGUAGCAGACUAUGGCAUCCUAAGGACAUAUAUUACCUGUUGACAAGAGCUGAGGGGACUGGAGCAAAUAGAGGUAUAUCACUAGACAUGUCUAAAAUUAGAGAGGUGGAACUAAGUCCUACAGUCUUUGAGAGAAUGUACAAUCUCAAGUUUCUCAAGUUCUACUGCUCAGUACAUCCUCAAAACAGAGUAAACCUCUCAGAAGGACUCAAAUUUCUUCCAAAUGAGCUAAGGUUACUGCACUGGUAUGGAUACCCUUUGAAAUCUUUGCCAUUGAGUUCAUGUGCUGAGAAUCUUGUUGAUCUUUGCUUGACUAAUAGCAAAAUUAAGGAACUCUGGGAUGGAGUUCAGCAUCUUCCAAAUUUGAAAUAUGUUGACCUCAGCUUCUCUAAGGAUCUAGUCAGACUUCCAGACUUGUCUAGAUGCUCAAAUCUUGAGGUUCUAAAUUUGCAUGCAUGUUCAGGUUUGGUUGAGGUUACUUCACUAAAAUAUUUGAGCAAGCUUACUUUCCUAGAUCUAAAGUGGUGUAUAAGUCUUUGCACUUUACCGAGCUUGCUUCAUUUGAAAAGUCUUAAGGUUCUUUCUAUAGCGUAUUGCUUAAAAAUCAUAGAGUUUCCAGAGUUUCCAGAACAAGUGCCCUCAUCAAUUGGAUGUCUCUCUCAUCUUUCUCGGUUGGAUUUGAAUUGUUUGACGGGGCUUGAAAGUCUCCCAGAUAGCAUUGGCAAUCUCAAAUCUCUCAGAGAAUUUGGUAUCUUUGAUUGUGUGAAUCUAAAGGAACUUCCGGAGAACUUGGGGAAUUUAGAAUCUCUAGAGAAGCUUUUUGUAAAUGACUCUGCUAUAAAAAAAUUACCAGACAACAUUUGCAAUCUGAAAAGGCUGGCGGAAUUAUCAGUUGAGAAAUGUGUGAAUCUCCUUGCUCUUCCAGCAAACCUGGGGAAUUUAGAGUCUCUAAAGAGACUUUUAGCAGGUGGUACUGGUAUUAAAGAAUUACCAGAAAGCAUUUGCAAUCUUAAAAAUCUUACAAAUUUAUUGGUUGAGAAAUGUGUAAAUCUGCAGAGUCUGCCAGAAAACUUUGGGAAUUUAGAAUCUCUAGUGGAGCUUUUCGUAAAUGGGUCUGCUAUAAAAGAAUUACCGGACAGCAUUUGCAAUCUGAAAAACCUUGUGAAAUUAUCAGUUUGGAAAUGUGUGAAUCUCCUUGGUCUGCCAGCAAAACUGGGGAAUUUAGAGUCUCUAAAGAGACUUCUAGCAGGUGGUACUGGUAUGAAAGAAUUACCAGUAAGCAUUUGCAAUCUGAAAAAUCUUACAAAAUUAUCGGUUGGGAAAUGUGUAAAUCUGCAGAGUCUGCCAGAAAACUUUGGUAAUUUGGAAUCUCUAGAGGAGCUUGGUGCACAUGGCACUGGUAUAAAAGAAUUACCAGACAGCUUUGGCUAUCUGAAAGAACUUAGAAUUAUUAACAUUAGUCAAUGUGUAGUUCUGCAUGGACUGCCAGAGAGCUUUGGGAAUUUAGAAUCUUUGGAUUGUGUUAUGGCAUCUGGUGCUGGUAUAAAAAGAUUACCAUCUUUUAUCAAUCGGUUAAGAAAUUUGAGAACAUUAAAUUUUAGGGGUUGUGAAGGUUUGAUAAUCCCUGCUUUGACAGUGUUUCCCUUUUUAGAGGUUGUUAAUCUAGGUUUGUGUGGCCUGUUAGAAUUUCCCAACACUCUUUGCCAUAUAGUGUCACUGAAACAAUUGUAUGUAGAUGGAAAUAAUUUCGAGAAAAUGCCAGAUACCAUCAAAAAACUUUCUAGACUAGUUGAACUGGAUUUAAGUGAUUGCAAGAGGCUAAAAUAUUUGCCGGAGCUUCCAUCUCUCAGCAUAUUAUCUGCAAAGAAUUGCACCAGUCUUGAAUCAGCAUCCAGUUUAUUCCAACUCUACAGUAUUGAAGCUGUAGAAUUUGGCAACUGCAUCAAUUUGGAUGGGGAUGAAUGUAGUAAAAUUGUGGAUCAUUUAUUGGCAACUCCUUGGCGGAGGCAAGUGGCAUUUUGUUUUCCUGGAAGUGAAGUGCCACAAUGGAUCAAGUAUCAGAAUGACUGUGGAUCUUCUUUCUUUUUGUCAUUUAGACAACUGGAGCAGAUGAAGUCUACCUAUUUCACAUUUUGUGUUGUUUUUGAUCCCAAAGUUUGUCCUCAUCAUUUCAAAAGAAUUGGAUGCACAGUCCAUUUCAUAAAUGAUUCCGGACAUAGCCAAUAUCAAUUUGAUCACUAUUUUCUUUUUGGUCGUUAUAGACCGGACAUGGAUAAAUUGGUUCUUCAUUCAGAACACAUCUUCUUUUGGCAUUCUUUUCUUAAAUUUAGACAGAAUAGCAUGGUCUUUCAAUUUUUUGUUGAUAUCAACAAAAGACGUACUUACAAUGCGAUAGCUAAGUGUGGUAUCCAUCUUAAAAGACUGAAACAUGGCAAAGAACAACCACCUAAUGUUACUUUUAAAGCGCUGCGUGGUGGACAUGAUUUCCUUUUUGAUAUAAAUACCCUCACUCACUAGUCAGUGGCAAAGGCAUGUCGUUUUUCUCUCCUAAUGGCAAGGAAUGGAUGAUAGGAAGGGAUGUUUGUUGUCCUCAAUUCUGGCUUACAGGGAAGUAAUAACCCUCAACAUUGUCAGAAUUUAAAGCAUUGCAAGCAUACAAACGUAUCUUUAUAAGGUUUUACAAGGAUGCAAAAUGGAUGUGGAUAUCACACUGCGUGGGAGCAGCGAAAGGAUAAAGCUGGUUUUAGUAAAGCCAAGGAAUAUGUGAGAUGGAGCAUUUACAAUUAAAGGGUGAGAUAGAUGUUUAAUGAUAGCUUGACAAGAAAGCAUUUCUCUGAUAGGAAUAAUCCGCGUUGCCAGAACUAAUAUAUUGAGGAAUUUUGUACAUGACAUCGCUUAGAAAUUGUUGUGAAAUUUACCCAUACAAAUUAAAGGAAAACAAAUUUCGAUGUACCCUUCCUUUCAUCUAACAUAAUGGCCAUAUGCUCUCAUAUUUAUAUAGGCCACCAAACUUAGUCCUUGUUGGACUUCUAUAUUUUGGUCAAGAGACCAAUUUGGACUACAAAUCCUAUUGCCAACAUGAUUUGGUGCUUGACAAUUUAAACAAACUUUUCCUUUUUUCUAUAUUAACAUUCUAAUUCAAUUUUAACUCAUAUUCCUAAUUCUAUUUGAUAUUGGAUUUCCAACAAUCUUCACUUCUAAGUCAAAUAAAAUUAGUCUUUACAAUUUUUGUGAAUGUCAAUUUUUUCUUGAGCACUUCCUUGCACUCUUGAUUGUUAAUGUUGUCUCUUGCCUCAACUUGCAUUCUUGUAAUUAAUAUGCUUUCUUCCAAUUUUUAUACACUCUUUGCGUCAAUCUUUUUACCCUUCAUGAUCAUGAGAGUGCUUGGAAUAACUCUCAAAAUUCCACCAUAAAUAGAAUACCAUAACCCAGAGAAUCCAAGUUACCCAAGGAAAUUAAGUUCCUUUCGAAUUUAAGAAUAUACUUCACUUCAUUGAAAAAUAUCAUGCGAUCACCAUGUAACUUGAUCUUUUCACUAUCAACACCUUCGACUUCUAUCUUUUGUCCAUUGGCUAGUUUCACUUUCUCUCCUUUCUUCUCUUCAGUCACAUCAAACUACUCCUUUGAGCAAAUAUAGAAUAGGCAAGCAGAAUUCAUUAAUUACUCAUUUUAUAGUGGAUUAUUUGCCUUCUCUUCGUUGUCAUCUACAUUCAAAUAUUCACUGUUAUUAUCUUCCUUAUCACAUGUAAUUAUAGUAGUCCCUUCUUUUCAGUGACUCUUCUUAAAUUGUUUGAAUUCUGUAAGAUGUCUUUAUCUUCAUUCAAUUGUAUUGAAUGUGGCCCUUCUCAUGACAGUAGUAGCAUUCCCUAUCGUCAAGGUCUACAUGUCGCCUCUAGCUUGAUCUACUAUUUCUUCUAGAACUGUUUCCACAUAGAUUACUUAUAUCAUGAUUAGAACUAGCAACAAAAGCUCCGCCUUCAUUGCCACAAUCUGUCUUCUUGAACUUCUCAUCAUCCAAGAUAAUUGUGAUAACCUCCUCCACCUUCAAAGUCUCCUUCAGAACCAACACUAGUCAAUUAGGUAAUUAAUUUAUUGAAACAUUAAGGUGAUUUGUAACAUCAAUAUCUUCUUCCAUGCUGAGCUAAUACAACUCCUUCUUCAAGUACAAACGAUUUAUUAGUAACUUUGACAUGUACAAGCUCUCCAAUUUCUUUCUUAAAAUAACUGGCAAAGUCUCCUCCAAAACAUUGUACUUCACAUUAGGGGGCUAAUGUCAAUCUAAUUAUACUUACUACCCUUUAUUGAAGCUCCUUUCAGUCAUUAUUUUUCAUAGUUGUCGGUUGCUUCUUAUUCAAUGCUUUGAGUGAUCCAUGUCGCACAAGGACAUCCUUCAUAGUGUUUUUCCAUAGAUUAAAAUUAUUUUUUCUCAUUGAAAGGCUCCACCUUAAAUUUUGUUCUCACUAUUUUUGACAUGACAAACCUUGUCUCUAUUACUACUACUUAUGAAAUUCGCCCACACAAAUUAAAGGAACAUAAAAUUUAACGUGAUUUGACGUAAGUCUAUUCUACCGACAAAUUCACUAUCAAAGGAAAAAUAAUUACACACAUUAAUUAUUUUUCCCACCUUUGUUGUCACUCACAAGCAAAGCACUCUCCACAACUCAAAGAAAAUUGACCUCACAAUUUCGGUGCACCCUUUCAUCUAACAUAAUGGCCAUAUGCUCUCAUAUUUAUAUGGGCCACUAAACUUAGUCCUUUUUGGACUUCUAUUGGUCAAGAGACCAAUUUUGACUACAAAUCCUAUUGCCAACAUAAUUCGGUGCUUGAGCGAAUUUAAACAAACUUUUUUCUUUUUAUUAACUUUCUAAUUCAACUUUAACUUAGAUUCCUAAUUCUAUUUGACAUUGGAUUUCCGACAGAAAUUUAUUUAGUAUUCAUGUAUAUAUUGCUCUUUCUAAUAUUUCUUUUUUUUAUUAUUAUUAUUAUUACUUUUUUGUAGGUUAGCCAGCAUUGUACAUUGUCAUAUCAUUAAAUAGUAUACAUCGUACAGUUGCAUAUUUUGGUUAUCUAUAGAGUGGAGCCUAAAUUCUAAUGGCUAAUGGAAUACCCUAGAAGACAGGUUAUUGCCCUUUUUUGAUAGCUUUACAUGUCCUUGUUUGACAUGAUUUUGUUGGAAAAAAAUGCAAACUAAAUGGGUGUUACAUUGCUGAUUGUGUUGAAGCUGGAGUCCAUCCUCCACCUUAGCUAGCUGCUUGUGUUAAAGCUUGAGUCCAAUUAUCUACCUUAGUUACACAAACAUUAGCUUAUCAAGUGCUUCUCAAAACUCUCUCUCAAUUCUUGAACAUGAGAUGGAUCUACAUGGUAAAAGAAGUGGUAAGACUAUCUGUCCCAUCUUCUCCUUGCAUUCAAUUAUUUUCACCAAUUCAUCCAAACACCAUUUAGAAAAUGCACAGCUUAUGGAGAAAAUGACUAUUGGAAUACACGAUUCUUGAUUUUUUUUUUUUCAAGAGGCUGAAUGAGAACUCUUUUCCUCUCUCAAGGUUUUCAUAAGUGAACAGAAAUUUUGUUGGAUUAUCCUCAUUUAACGUGAUUCGGUGUAAGCUUACUCCACCAAACAAAUUCAUUAUUAAAGAAAAAAAAUAAUUAUAAAAUCACUAAUUAUUUUUUUCAUCCUAAAAAUCACUCAAACAAAACUCAUAGAAUUCAACACACCUCUUCACUUCAUGAGCUUUCUACAAAACUUCAUAAUUUAAAUGCUAUGAAACUUUUUAUUUUAUCUAAUCUCAUAAUUUCAAUUUAACUUAGACUAACAAAAACAUUAGAAGUGAAGAGGCAUCAGGAAAUAUCUAUGGCAGAAAUAUUGAGAUUGUCUCUCUUUUUGAUUGUUGUAUGCAUGUAUGACCUUGUGGGCACAAAUUUUUGUGAUGGUAUUAGGUAGAGUCCUAUGGCAUAGAACUAAGUAGGCUUACUCUGGAGUCAGGGUCAGUUGCAAUUUUUAAAUUCAGGCAUGAAUAUUUGCAUCUUCCAUUGAUUCUAUUAUAAGUUACUCUUGUAGAACGAUAAACUCAAGAUCAAUUGAUGGGAAGAUCAUCUAGAUUAUUGCAUUUAUAUUCUUUGUUCAACAAAUACUGCCUCCUAAACUGAAUUAUAAUGUGUAUAUAAUCUUUCAACUGUGCUAUUCUUGCUCCAUUAGAAGUUGUUUGCACUCCUUUGGAUCUCAUCUGGAGAAACUUUUAGCCUUUGAAAGCUUAAGCGAGUCUUGGCUGAAGACUUUAUGCGGAAUUCUCAAUAUUGCCCUCCAAUCAGUUAUACUAUUUUUGUAACACCCCAAAAAUUUUAAAUUUAUUAUUUUAUGAGUAAUAUUGAUAUUUUAAUUUUAUUUAAAUUUUAAGAAAUUAUUUGAGAUUUUUCGGAUUUUAAAAAUCGGGUUCGAUUUUCCGAAAAUAUAAACUUUGAUGAUUUUUAAAAAUUAAUUUAAAGACCACGUGGCAAAACUAAAAAUAUAUUUGGAGUCUACGAAUUUUUCUGAGUUUUCUGGAAUUUUUCGAAAUUUUUGGACCUCGUUUUCGGUCCUGAGGCAGAGUAAAAAUUCAAAAAUUUUGUAUCCUGAAUCGAACCGACAGAAUCGAACCGGACCAGAUCGGAACGGUCGAAUCGGACCGGCCUUUUCUUUUUCUUCCUUCUUCUUCCCGCGCGCGUCCCGACCCUCCUCUCUUCCUCUCCCGUUUUCUCUCUCCUCCCUCCUCCCCUUACCGCGCCGCCGCCUCCCCUGCCACCCCAGCUCGCCGGCGCCCACCCCCAGCCGUCCCAGUCCAUCGGCGGCCGCCUGGAACGCCGGAAAACGGCGCCCGAAGUGGAGCGACGCGCGCGCGCAACCGUUCGUCUUCCUGGUCGAAAUCCGGCCGAUCCGGCCACCAAUCGGACCGGGUCUUGUGUCUAAACUCAUCUACUCGUCGAGAGCUUUCCAUAGACACCAAGAACACCGAAAUCCGUCGAGCGGUUUGCCCGAUUUUUGCCCGAGAAGUUUUUAGCCCAUUUCGACUUUUGGGCUAGAUUUCUCGCAAACCGUGAACCCCACGAGAAAACCGAGAGUACCAGAGCGCUCCACUCGUCGAGAGCUUCACGACGAUAUAAAUUUUGAAUUUUUUCGACACCGUUUUUCGGUAUCCUCAAUUUGCUGAAAUUCGACAGUUGUCCGGGUCUGUGAAUUUUCGGCCAUAUAGACCCAUUAUCGGAAAAGUCUCCGAAUUGGACCGAGGUUUUGGCUACCCCCCCAUUGUCAGACAUCUCGAGCGCGUUCCCGAAGUCGGAAUCGGCAAAGGUGAGCCGAGACAGCCUUCUUCCUCCGCCCAGCCGCCACAGUGACCGUUGUCAAGUCUGCUACAGGAGGAUUUUAUUGUGGUUAACCUGCUUUUCUCCUUCGCAGGUUGUUUUAUCAAUAUUUGUGUAAUUUUAUUUACUCCUAGAAUUUUCGCAUGUGUUAGAAAUAUUUAAAUGAUUCGGGUCUGUAAUAUAAAUUGUCAUGUGGACCUAUAAAAUUAUUAUAUGCAUGUUUGAUGGACUGGAUGAGGGAGCUGAGCUCCCAUUUAUCUUUA